CAAGGACCUCAUACAUACAUCCACACUCUCGCUCUAAUAUGAACUUUCUAAUAUUACUGGUGACAUUUAAAAUGAAUUAUAAAAAAAUGUGAUUUGUUGGUGAUUCGUUAAAUUAAAAUAAAAAUAAAUUAUGUUAAACGAAUAACCGUGUGAUAUAUUAUAACCGAUACAAUCAUGAAAUUGGAGUGGGUGCUUUUUUUCAUAUAUUUCUUUUAUUUCGUCGAAUUUUGUUUGUGUAAUCCCGACGCCAAAAGACUAUAUGAUGAUCUUCUAAGCAAUUAUAAUAGACUAAUUAGACCUGUUAGUAAUAAUACGGAUACGGUACUAGUUAAACUAGGCUUAAGGCUGUCACAGUUGAUCGAAUUGAAUCUUAAGGAUCAAAUUCUCACUACAAACGUGUGGUUAGAACAUGAAUGGCAGGAUCACAAGUUUAUGUGGGACCCUCAAGAAUAUGGAGGCGUCACGGAAUUAUAUGUUCCAUCUGAACAUAUUUGGUUACCAGACAUAGUUCUGUACAAUAAUGCCGACGGAGAAUAUGUAGUAACCACUAUGACGAAAGCGGUGCUAAGGCAUACAGGAAAAGUUUUGUGGACUCCACCGGCCAUUUUCAAAUCGUCCUGCGAAAUUGACGUCAGAUAUUUUCCCUUCGACCAGCAAACCUGCUUUAUGAAGUUUGGAUCUUGGACGUACGAUGGAAAUCAGAUUGAUCUGAAGCAUAUAAAUCAAAAAGUUGGUGAAAAUAAAGUGGAAGUGGGUAUAGACCUAAGGGAAUACUAUCCUAGUGUUGAAUGGGAUAUACUAGGUGUACCCGCUGAGAGACACGAAAAAUACUAUCCAUGCUGUGCGGAACCAUAUCCUGAUAUUUUCUUCAACAUAACGUUAAGAAGGAAAACACUUUUCUACACUGUAAACCUAAUAGUACCAUGUGUUGGUAUUUCGUAUUUAUCAGUGUUGGUAUUUUACUUACCAGCUGAUUCGGGUGAAAAAAUCGCCCUGUGUAUUAAUAUUUUAUUGUCGCAAACUAUGUUUUUCUUGCUGAUAUCAGAAAUCAUUCCUAGUACUUCCCUAGCAUUACCAUUACUAGGAAAAUACAUUCUGUUCACUAUGGUGAUGGUUGCCUUUUCAGUAGUUAUUACCAUAAUAAUUUUAAACGUUCAUUAUCGAAAACCCAGUACCCAUAAAAUGGCACCGUGGGUACGCAGUUUUUUUAUCAAAAGUGUACCAAAAUUGUUAUUAAUGAGGGUACCCAAAGACUUAUUAACAGAGCUAGCGGCUCACAAAAUACCUCAAAAUAGAUUAUCUUUAAAAAAGAGGGAUUUGGACGUUAUGCCUAGUAGCAGGUCGUCUUCGUCAAGCACCUCUAGCAGUUCCAUGAACCGAGCCAGCGGAUGUAAUGGCCUUCAUUCGAGUACUACUACUGCCAGAUUACGAGGAUUUGCUGGAACUCUCAGUGAGCGACUAGGCUAUAAUGGAUUGCCGUCAGUAUUUUCUGGAUUAGACGAAAGUGAUUCUGGUACUAGAAAAAAGUAUCCAUUCGAAUUGGAAAAAGCUAUCCAUAACGUUAUGUUUAUCCAGCAUCAUAUACAAAGGCAGGAUCAGUUUAAUGCUGAAGACCUAGAUUGGGGAUUCGUGGCAAUGGUCUUAGAUCGACUAUUUCUAUGGAUUUUCUUCAUAAUAUCAAUCGGUGGAACAAUUUCCAUCCUAUGUGAGGCACCAGCUUUGUACGAUGACACAAAACCCAUCGAUAUGGAAUUAUCAUCAGUCGCUCAACAACAAUAUUUACCACCAGACUUAGAAAAUGUACAAUAACUGUUAUCUAUUAUGAACUUUUAAUAUUUUUUUCUACAAACGCUAUUAAAAGUAGGCUUUUUAUAUUGUCAACUGAUAUUAAAAAUGGCAAUUUGUUCCGUUAGUGUUAAAACUAAAUUUUGAAGUAUAUUUAAGAUAUUUGUCGAAAUACAAAUAAAAUUCGUUUACAAACUUUAAAUAAUUUAUUUGACAUUUGAGAACGAUAGCAAUAUACAAAAAUACCCGUCAUUUGACAUUUGACAGAUACUUCCGAUGUAUUUCGAGAUAAUUCGAGAUUCUUUGAGGUACUUCGAGAUACUUCAAGGAACUUCAAAUUCUCUAAUUUAUAAGUAAUAUCUAAGAAAACAAUAAGGCCAGGGAAAUGUAUGACGUGUAUAAACUAAUGUUAAUGAUGACAGACACUUAACUCUAACUUAAAAUGUGUGGAAUAGCUAAUAUACAUUGAAACUAGAUAUCACAUUGGGAACUUUGUUAAAUAAAUGUAUGCCUAAAAAUGAUUAUUUAUUUAGAUUUUUAAAGCGAAUACCCUGAAUAUUUUUACAUAUUUGGAUUCUACAGGACAAAAUUAGUAUAGCCAGCUCAGUUCAACCGCGUCGCGUCGCGGCGUCCGAGGAGCACGUGACAUGAAAUAGAACAACACAUUAAAAUGAAUAAUUAUACCGUUGUAUGAAUAUCAUGGAGGUCUAACUCCAUGAUGAAGAUAUUAUCUUCAUACAACGGUUAUAGGUUUGUAUUGGUUCACGUUCUAGAAUUGUUCCAGAACCAUGUGCAGAACUAUUGCGCAUUGGUCCUUAAUUCUGAACAGUUCUGUAACUAUUCCAUUUGUACUCGAAACCAAAACACUGCCAGAACAAUUACGUGUCAAAAGUAAAUUAUAAAUAAAAAAGAAGAAAUAACACAGGGCCAGUGUCUAAGUAAAAAAGAGGCCAUGUGAUAUUGUUACGCAGCACCCUGCAGCGUGCUGCGGUCGUCAUAAGUAAAAGUACGUGUAAAAGAAGAAGGGGGAAUAUUCGAGAAAUGUCAUUCCACAUCAAGAAAAUUCUAGAAAAUUCGAGAAGCUUCUAGAAGUGUCAAGUAAGUGGAUAAUCCUGGACAGGGAUUCUUAUGUGCGUACUCAACACGUAACGAAUUGAAUAGAGAGAGACAAUACAUACGACUCGCAUUCUGUGGAACGAAGAUAAUCGUCACAGGACGUGCCGAAUUGAAAGAUAAGAAUCCCAAUGCUGAAAGUUGAAUUGAAAUAAAUUAAGAUACCAAAAACCUGCGUAACAUUGGUGACAGGGUGGGAUAUAAAAUAACAGUUACUUAAGCAUUCUAUUCAUGGUAAAUAAUACAUCCACGGCGCACGAAACAGAUAGGAAUACUAACACUAAGAUGGUUUUUGAAGAUCGGAGAGGAGAGAAAGAGGUGAGAGGAGGAAAAGGAAAGGCGUAGAAAGAAAAGGAAAGAAGUAGGAAGGAAGAAAAGGAAAAGGAAUGGCGAGAGGAGGAAAAUGAAAGGCGUAGGAAGGAAGAAGAGUAGGAAAAUGAAAGGCGUAGGAAGGAGAAAAAGGAAAGGCGUGUGAAGAAAGAGGAGGACGAAAAAGAAAGGCGUAGGAAAGCUGAGGUAGAAAUUAUGAAUGGCUUGCUGUAAAUUCAAGAAAACCUAAAGCAAGAGAUUGGUCAACUAAACAGUCGAAUAGAUCUCUUAGCACAACAACAAGAGAAUUUAAAACAACAAGAAAGGGGUAGAAUAGAGUUAGAAAGGCAAAUUAGAACUGAAAUAGUUAAAUUGGAAAGAAGAAUUCGUAGCCUAUCUUCAGCAAGCAACAGAGAAACUGCAAACACUACCUCGUCCUCAUUUAUAAUCGAACCAAGCCAUAUCCAAAACCCAGUUUCACAAAGCCAUACUUUUUUGCGUGGGAAAAAUCUUCAAAAGACACCAAAACAUCCGUGUGUCAGGUAGUGUGGGACUUGUAACCACUAAAAAACUUCCAUUUAAACUGCAGUCACGCCCCGGAACCACUUUCGUAUUACUUCAAGGCGGAUGCUUGCUAUUAAAUAUUUCUUGAUUUUUCAUCCUUUUCUCUUUUUCGCAUAAUGGUUACUAUAUAUUCUAUUAUAGUUUACCAGUUCUUUUCACUUUUAGUAAUUUUCUCUAUGAUGUCAUUUUUUGUUAGUUCGACCCCUAUUUUGAUGUCCAUGAUUGCUUUCUCUUCCAGCCACCUGUCACAACUGAAAAUGAUGUGUUCGGCGUCAUUUCGUUCUCCACUACAAUACCGAAAAUCUUCUGAGGGCACCUUGCCGAUGACAUAAAAAUAUUGGUUGAAGUGAAUAGUCUUUUUAAAUAAAAUAUUAAAAUCAUCCCUGCUUUUCCACUAUUUUUGAGUAAUAAAUAAAAACUCACUUAAAUUCGUGAAUAAUACACAAAAUUAAUUGUCUUCCUUUCCAUUUAUUAAAAGUAAUCUAUAUUGUUUAUUUAUAUGCUCUCAACUCUUGACCAUGAUCUUAAGGUAGUUCUUCUUCUUCUAUUCUUUAUUUGAUUUUAUUUUGGGUAAUUUUGGGUAAUUAGGCUAAUUAGGAUUAUUAUUGGCAUUUAUCUUCUUAGGUCCUGAGGUUUUAUCUGUCUGUCUUGGUUCUUUCUCUUUCUUUUUGAGGUUGGUUUAUGGACCAUGUGGUCUGAAAAUUAUAUGGAAUAAUUUCGGAUUUUAUACCACUUAAAAUAGAUAAGUUCCAUCAAACAAUUUGAAAUGUAUCAUAUAAGUAUUGAACUAGAAAAAUCAAGAGUUGAUUUUAGUACACAUCUUGUGGAUUUGUCGAUACUUAUAGGUAUAAAAUAGGGCCCUACCUUAUUCGGUAAGUCAUCCAGAUUUAACCAUGCAUGUAGC